AGUUCUGCCAAAGACCCGACUCCACCAAACCUUAAGCAUCUUAUCUCUGUCUAUCUCUUCCUCUUAAUAAGUGGGGGCCAUAUUAUAUUGCCGGUCAUCGUCACUACUGCCCUACUUCACAAGAAGUUGUGCUGGCAUCCAACUUUGAUAAAUCUGUGCAUGACUUGGGUGUUCUACUCGAUAAUACACUCUCUCUAUCUGUACACAGGAGAAGACACACAUCAUCGCUACCGAACAGUCUGCAUGGCGCAAGCAGCCAUGAUAUAUGGAGCUGCCCCGAUGGCCACAGUUGCGGUUGUCGGUGUUGCUAUCCAUACCUGGACAACCAUUCAAAAUUUUGAACACCACUUUGCUGAGAAGUUUCCUCGAUGGCUUUGCAGGUUCCUGAUAAUAUCACCGCCAUAUAUGGUGUUUGCGGGGUUUUCCAUCGGUGCAUGGAUUUUAACAGAACUUCACAAGGGCUCUGCACAGCCGUUGAAUGGUCUUUUCUGCACGUUUUAUGUGCACUCACUAGCCUUGGCAGUUCCAGCGUUCUGCGUUGCGAUGAUGGCAUUGGUAUUGUGCUUUGAAGCGGCUAUCACCAUCCAAUACUACCACAGAUGGAAACAUAUCCAGAAUUCAUUCCCGCUCAUAGGACCUAGACGACCUUCAACCUCACUCAUUUUCAGAGUUGGCCUGUUUUGCCUGUAUUCGUGGGCAGCUCUAAUGGCAGCCAUUGUGUUUUUGACUGAGCAGCCCAUAGCCGAAACUUAUCAUAUAAUUCCUGCAGCUCUGCCUUUGGCUUCAGCACUCGUAUUUGGACUACAAAAGGAUAUGAUCUGCGCGUGGUUCCCUUGUCUGCGUAAGCGCAAACUGCCUGCUGAAGCAGCACCAGAGAUUCCGAAUGCCCGCAGGGAUCACAUAUAUUUCUCUCACGCGCACGCUCGCCAUUGAGAGCCACCCGCCAAGUGACUUUCAAUACAGGAGUACGGAGGACCGCAUCGCAGUAUUCUGUGGAUUAAUAUAGUCUGAUGCAUGCCUAUCAUUU